AUGAUGGCCUCUUCAUCAGUGACGCACCAUCUUGAAUCCGAGGUCCCAUACGAUGAAUCGAAGCUUAACCACGAGCAAGACGCCAAUGAGAAUGAGCCACAGCCCCUGGCUCGCGCGGAAACGUCACAAUCAAACAUCGGGCCUCCCGAGUCACUAUGGCAUGAGAUUAUCUUCAUUACAAUCGUGUGCAUGGCACAGUUCAUGACCCAGGCAGCUCUCGGCAUGGGUAUCGUCCCGGCGCACAUCAUCGGCGCCAGUUUCGGCACAACAGACCCCGGCGAGCUCUCCUGGUUCCCAGCCGCAUAUAGUUUGACAGUUGGCACGUUCAUUUUGGUUUCUGGGCGCAUGGGCGAUAUGUGGGGUCACCGGCUUAUGUUCGUCGCUGGAUUCCUUUGGUUUGCACUGUGGUCGUUGCUCGCGGGGUUCAGUGUGUAUUCGAACCGGAUCUUCUUCGACUGCUGCCGCGCAUUUCAGGGUAUUGGGCCGGCGAUGCUGCUUCCAAACGCGGUGGCAAUUUUUGGGAGGACAUACCCGCCGGGGUUGAGGAAAGCUAUGGCGUUUAGUUUGUUCGGUGCAACGGCUCCUGGAGGAUAUAUCGUGGGUGCGGCAUUUUCGUCGAUCUUCGCGCAGCUUGUUUGGUGGCCGUGGGGAUACUGGGUGUUGGCGAUCGUAUGCGUGGCAUUUGCUGGGCUGGGAUAUAUCAUUAUUCCCUUUUUGCCACAUUCGAAAUCUGAAGAUGACCAUUUGCCUGUGAUGGUCCGGUUGGACGUCCUGGGCGCCACGGCGGGUGUUAUCGGUCUGGUCCUGAUCAACUUUGCAUGGAACCAGGCGCCGUUGGUUGGAUGGAGUAACCCAUAUGUAUACGUCUUGCUCAUUAUUGGGUUUCUUUUCUUGUUUGCAUUCGCCUUCGUCGAACGCUCUGCAAAGUGCCCUCUGCUUCCUCGCUCGAUAUUCACAGGUGAUCUUGCCUGGGUACUCAGUUGUAUUGCGGCAGGCUGGUCCAGCAUGGGUAUUAUUGUCUACUACUUUUACCAGUUCAUGCUGGUCAUUAAGGGAGAUACGCCGCUUCUUGCGACGGCUAAGUUCUCGGGUGCUGCAAUUUCGGGUGCUAUCGCGUCUGUCACGACUGGUAUUCUGCUUGGCUAUCUUCCACCGAGUGUCAUUAUGUUCUGCUCUAUGAGCGCAUACACAGUUGGUCUUUGCCUCGUUGCAACCUUGCCUGUUGACCAGAUCUACUGGGGUCAAGCGUUCUUUGCCAGUUUGAUUACCCCAUGGGGAAUGGACAUGUCCUUCCCCUCGGGUACUCUUCUUCUGAGCAACGCCAUGCCCCGCAAACACCAAGGUCUAGCCGCUUCUCUCGUCAGCACGACCGUUAAUUACUCCAUUUCCAUCGGGCUCGGUUUUGCGGGUACGGUGGAAUCGCAUGUCAACGACGGUGGCGCAAACACAUUGAAGGGAUAUCGUGGAGCGCUCUAUAUGGGUGUUGGCCUUGCGGCUGGGGGACUGGUGAUCUCCAGUUGUUAUAUGCUCGUGAAUUGGUUGAAGUAUCGAAAAGAGAAGGGAGAGAAAGAGAAAGAGCAGGGUGCUAGUCCAUGA